CACCCAACCAAAAACCGCCAACAGGCGCACGAACGGGAGCCGUGGCCGCGAACGGAAACGGAAAGCUUCCCCAUCGCCGUGCUCCGCUCACAUGGACUCCACGGCGGCUGCUGCGGCGGCGCAGGCGCCGGUGCUGCUGGUGACUAACGACGACGGCAUCGACGCGCCGGGGCUCCGCUUCCUCGUCGACCAGCUCGUCGCCGCGCGGCGCUACCGCGUCCUCGUCUGCGCGCCCGACACAGACAAAUCGGGUGUUAGCCACUGCAUCACAUGGCGCCCUGCACUCCGCUGUAAACGUGUUGAUAUAAGUGGUGCUACAGCAUUUGGAGUUUCAGGAACUCCUGCCGACUGUGCCUCUUUAGGUAUCUCGGGGAAGCUCUUUGAUGGUGUGGUUCCUGAUCUGGUACUUAGUGGAAUCAACAUUGGAAACAAUUGUGGAUACCACGUCAUUUAUUCUGGAACAGUUGCUGGUGCUAGGGAGGCAUUUUUAUAUGGGAUUCCUGCAAUAGCUAUGUCAUAUGAUUGGGUUGCGGGUCAGAGCAGUGUCAAUGACCUCAAGGUGUCCGCAGAGGUCUGUAUGCCUCUGAUAAAUACCAUCGUGACUGAGAUCAAGAAUGGAACAUAUCCCCAAGGAUCAUUCUUGAAUGUAGAUGUACCAACAGAUGCUGCACACCACAAGGGGUAUAAAAUUACGAAACAAGGAAAAUAUAUGGCGAGAAUUAGUUGGGAGCAAACUGUUUACAAGAAGCCUGCUGUAGAAAGUUACCAGACAGCAAACAUGGAUGUUGAUGGUGAAAAGGACAGUGAACUAGUUACUCCAGCAGAGAAUGACCUACUGUUUAAGAGAGUGAUUGUAGGGAGAAGUUCUGAUGAAGUGGAAGGAGACGACAUGGACCACAAGUCCCUAGUUGAUGGAUAUAUUACUGUUACUCCUUUGGGCGCUCUUUCCCGCACAGAUCCAGAUGCCAUACCCUACUUCAAAGCUUGCGUGUCACGACUGGUUGGCAAUUUCUCUUCUCUCGGUCCUUCAUUUUCUAGAAGCAGAGUAGCAUGAGCCAACGAAAUUUGUAAAGUGACCAGGAUGCUUACCAAGCCGGCCAGACAGAACCUGCUGAUGCAAUGGCCUGCAAUGUCGCGAAUAAAUCCACAUCGAUUUCAGGCAUUCUGUCUAUUGCUAAUGAUGCACUGCCACACUAUUUAGUACAGUAUUUGUGGUGUAUGUACCACAUAACUCCGUGUUUUCAUAACUGUGGCUCUUCAAUAAUUCAUUGGUCUUGUAAUUCUAUGGUUCCUCUUUGUCGCGAUUCUAAUAGCUUGCCAUUA